UACCUUUCAGUCACUUUCAAAACGUUUUCUGUGACGGAUGUGCAUCGGCGUUACGGAUUUUUUUAUUUUUUCGUGUUCAUUUUCGCACUUAUAAUUUGUUGUUAAUUAGUUUAUUCGUGAGUUUUUUCUGUAUCUCAAACUUGUGUAGUGUAAUAAAUGAAAUAACUGUAGAAGUGUAUGGAGAAGAUGGACAGUAAUAAUGAGCCAGUGCCAAACUUGGAGUUGGCUAUAAAAAGGAGUAUGUUAGCUAAGAAUAAGUUGGCUAUGAUAGUGAAGAAGCCGGAUGGAGCUGUGCAGUUCUCUUGUGUGGAGUGCUCAGCUUGGUAUUAUAGUAAAGAGGAGCUGGAGAAGCACCUUAUGAUCCAUAACAAGGAUUAUAGAUAUCUCUGUGGGAUAUGUGGCACUGGAUUGAAACGCAAAGAACACCUAGACAGACAUACAUUAGAACACCAGGAAGUGAGACCUCAUGUCUGUCCUGACUGUGGGAAGGCCUUCAAGAGGAAAGAGCAUCUGAACAUCCAUCGCACCAUACACAGUGGAGAUAAGAGCGAGUCUUGUCCUGUUUGUAAUAAAUCAUUCUACCGCAAAGAUCACUUGCGGAAACACUUGCAAACUCACACGAAGUUGUUCAUGGAGCGCAAUAUGGAUAUUCCUGAACAGGAGUAUGCGGACGGUGGGGGUGAUGAUAUCAAGCAAGAAAUCAUUGAUGAGUACACCACGCCUAGUACUGAAGAACAUGGCAUACAGAUUAUGGAGGAGGAAUCAGAAGAAAAGUUCAGCACAACGCCACAGUUCAAAGAGUCGUAUUCAGCCGAGAGGCCGUACAUGUGCCUCGUGUGUCAGAAGUCUUUCAAGAGGAAGGACCACCUCAAGAUACACAGCUGGACGCAUAUGAAGAAGGAUAAAGUCUGCUCCGAGUGCGGGAAAGGUUUCCACACGGACGAUCAGUUGCUGGUACAUAUGAACGUGCAUUUGCAGCCCUACAACAUGUAUAGCGGCGAUGAGGAGUACCUCACGGGAGAAUCAGUGUCCAACGACCCUUAUUCAUCAGACAACAGCUUACUAGUCGCCCGGUCAUCAGCGCGUCCGAUCGAGAGUAGACCGCACGAGUGCGACAUCUGUCACCGGCGGUUCAAACGCAAGCAGCAUCUGAAAGUGCAUCUCAACGUGCACACUAAACAUCAGUUUAGUGUGUGGUGUUCCGUUUGUGGUGAAGGUUUCCUCUCAAACGAGCAGUUCGAGAGUCACCAGUGUAGUGAACAGCAGAGCUCCAGUGACCAGUAUGACGACACUGCACCGCAGUCACCCACAGUUGACACGCCGCAAGAGGCUAAGAAGGAAAAUAAAUACCCAGAGGAAUAUAUGGACGUAGGCGACCUAGCCUCACUAGACUGCGUACAAUACGUACAAGUAGAAGAGAAGGAGUUACCGACGCCGCAGCGCGUGUUCGUCUGCAAGUACUGCUCCAAGCCAUUCAAGAGGAAAGACCACUACAAGAUACAUCUGCACAUACAUACCGGUGUUAAGUCUUUCUUCUGUACCGAUUGCGGGAAAGGUUUCUACCGUAAAGACCAUCUGCAGAAGCACAUGCUAGUACACAACAAAGUGAAGACUAAGAAAGAGAUCCCGGAUCUGUUCCCCAUCAACAAGCUACCUAAGAAGAAACAAGUCUUGCCUGAGAUCACUAUACAUGCGCCUUCAAACACAAAACUACGCGUCCCCCUACAAAUCAAAGUACCAUACCAGAUGGUGAUGUCUAUGGACAACGGCGAACAGAGAGCUGUCACCAUAGACCCUCAGGCUUCACCGCAAGCUUCUUAAUGUAAGUUCAAUCAUCUAUCUAGCCGUUUCCCAACUAUCUCGAAUACCAGUGUGCCACAUGGAGCGACUGUAAAUUCAUAAUAUAGUGAUUUUAUUUAUUGAUGGCAAAAAUUAACACUGUUGUAUGUAUGAAAUAUAUUUGAGAUGAGGUUCAAAGCUAUCCUUAAAGACACCAUGUAGCUUGUACUCCUCAAAUAAAUAUGUACUAAGUCAGUCUUAUCACACAAUAUUUUGCUUUAAUUUUAAAUGUUGUUUCAUCAUGAUAAUCAUCAUUCUUAAAGUUGAGUCAUGAUAAUAAAUUGUUUUCAUUUUUAUUUUCACUUAUAUGCCAUAUUGCCGGCUUCAUAAAGUUACCUUAAAUGUUAUGACGAAGAAUAGGCACGAGAAUUUAAUGGAGAUAUUUGUAAAUACAUACUUAUGAACUAUCUGCUCAAGCCCGAGCAUAAAGGUAGUUGAAAAGGAUUUUAUUCAAAACUAUUUUCCCCAUUUUAGUAUUAUUGAGAAUCUCUAUCUUUUAUUAUUUCUAAUUGUGUCUGCAUGCUUCAUAUAAAAUAAUCAUGAUUUAAUAAUUAACGUAUAAAAUAAUAUUAUGUAUUAAAACCUGCGUGUUUGUUAACCGACUUGCCAAAAAAGGAGGGGUUUUCAAAUGAAAUGUUUGAAUUUAUUUAAGAGAUAAAAUGUGGAAGAUUAUUUUAUAUGGAGUAAAUCAUAAUUGUACAUAGGUUUUAUAUAAUUAUGAAGAAAAAUGGAAAGUGGGUGACAAAAUGUAAAUUAAACAAUUUUGAGCAAGUUAAUAAGAUACUAAAAGCCUUACUACAAAAUCUUAAACAUCUGUUGAACACUUGCCUAACAAAACUUGGCUGCAAAACGGACCUUAUUUCAAAGCCAUAAUUUGUAAUUUUUUUUAGACCAGUGUUCAACAGACGUUUCAAAGUAUUUGUGGUAUGUGGUGGGACAACCUACUUGUAAUUAACUUAUCAUGAUGAAUUUUAAAAUAUGAAUGUCACCUACUUUCUUUAUAAAAGCACUGGGUCCAAAACUUAGAUUUAUCCUGAUCUCAGUCUUAUUUGCAUAUCUUUAUUAUUAUCUUACAAUUUAUCUUAGAAUUAACAUUGAAUGUUCUUUGGUAAAACUUUGUUCGAUUUAUAUAAAGUUUCUUAUGUGUACAAGAAGUGGGAAUAAAAUUGUUAGUGUGUAAGAGUGUCACAUAUCGUGCCAUGAUAACCAAAUAUCAUUUGCCUUGCCAGUUAUAAGAAUUAGAAUUGACUAUACCUACGUGCAUCCGAAGUUUCUGUCGGAUCCUAUAUUUGUGGGAGACUAGAGUAAGUCAAAAAGCAAGAAGUCAAGCUUAUUUAGUUCGAUUUUAUCAAAUGUGCUAAAAUAAGAGUAUUUUACUCCCUCCCUUCUUUACUUUUCUAUUUGUUUUUCUAAGGUAGGUACGACAAAACAUUUACGUCAACAUAAUAGUAACAUUACCAGUGGCAAUAUCAUAUUUUUACUCAGUGCCAAAGACCUCCUAAUAAGAUUUUCAUACAUUUAUUUAAAAGUCUGGGUCCAAAUAAUUUCCAUAAAAUUGAAAUCCUGUAUUGUUUUUAAACAUUGUAACUGGCAAUGCAAUGGAAUCUAGUUCGUAAGUUUAUCUUUAUGUAAAGUUCCUCUAUUUUGUCUUUUCACAGAAAAUAACGUUGUGAUUCUAAUCUUAAGUUUAUUAAAUGUGACAUAAAGUACAAAAAUAAAGUAUUUUGCACUCGAAUCUAA